UACCAUCUGGAUUCGUCUUUGUUCUAUAGAUACUCAGGGCACAGCAGAACACCGUCAGACAUCAAAACGUCCUCAUCACAUGCACACACUGAGCUCAGGAAGCGAACACACACACUGCUUUGGUGUACAGCAGAGGAAACUCACAAACUGUAGAGUCGUCAGCCUUGAACAUCUGUCUGCCUACACUCCCAAGGCUCAGGCCACUCUGAGCUCUGCCGUCGGACUGACGAUGCCACAGCCUACCCAGAAUUCUCUAAUCCAUGUCCUCCUGCUGUGGACCACCACCCUCUCCAUUAUCCAGGCUGUGUUCAUCAUCCUUUUCUUCACAACUGGACAUCGUGGACUGUCUCAGAACAAUAGCGCUGUAGCACCAGAGCGCACAGUGCAAUCCCAGGCAAACAAUACAGCUUCGCUGCCUCCCUCAGACCAUGGCCUUCUCUUCGGAGAAGGUACAAUGCUCACCUAUAAGGCUAUUGAAGCCAAAGGCAGAAUGAAAUGGUCAGCAAUGAAUCCAAAUAACGACUUGGUCUCAGUAGACGGAAAAGAUCUGAAAAUAAAUAGGGAUGGAUAUUACUUCCUAAAUCUUCAGGUGACACUGAAGAAGGAAUCGAAGGAAUGUAACAAGGAAUCGGAUCACAAUGUCAGUCUGAAAUGGAAUGACAAAGUUGUCCUGACGGGUGGGAUUAACAGAAACACAUGCACCACGGGCCUCCUUGGAAAGGUAGAGGAGCUGUCUGCUGGAGGCACCCUGGUGUUCAACAUCAGCCUGCCAACCACUGAAAUUGAUGACAUUGAACAUCUUACCCACCUGGAUAUCAUCUACAUGCUCAAACCUUAG